AAUAACUCCUUGGGAUGAACACAUUGCCAAAACUCUCCAUUGAAAUCUACAUUUCUUCCUCUCAUAAGUCACAAAGCUUCUCUCACUGAGCUCCAAUGGCUUCCCCAAGAAGUGUUCUGAAACUCGUCAUCGCCAUCGCCGUCGUAUUUUCCCUCUUGCUCCCUCUUCCCACAUCAUCAGCUCUGGGAGACAUUGAGAGUUUGCAAAAGAAGAUGGUGCUGGGAUCGAAACCGCCGCGAUGCGUUGGAAAGUGCUUGAAUUGUCGGCCUUGCACGGCGGCGUUGGUGGUGCCGGAGCACCGUGAAAGGAAGGGAUUUGAAGCAAACUUGGAUCGUAGAGAAGAAGAUGAUAGCUAUUAUCUUCUGCAUUGGAAAUGUAAAUGUGGGAAUAAGCUUUAUCAGCCAUGAGAGUAUAUGAUGAUGGUGUUUUUUUCUCCCCUUUUUAGCCUUUCUUUGUAACUUUUUUUUUCCCCAAUAAUGGUGUGCUGUUGGUUUUUAUGUACAAAAUUGAACAUGUUUUAGCUUCUUUUGUACUCUGUUUU